UUCAAAAUGUUUUCGAAAGGGAUUCUGUUUGUGAUCAUGGUGACGGGUGUAAUAUGUGAUAAUAAUAUACGAAGCAAAUUGCGUGACCACAUUCAUAAAUACACAGAAGCGGAAUGUACUAAAAACAAUGCGAGAGAUAAAAUUAGUGAAGUCGAGGAAGUCGGACUUACCUUCAUGGAUUGCAUGUUAGAUAACAUCAAACUAAAAUUAAUUAUGGAUAUGGAGCAGGUUGAAACUGAUUCUGAUGUUACAGAUGUAUACAAAAGAUUAUGUAGAGAUGUUCCACAAACAAGGACUUGUUUGUACAACUUUUUAAACGGCACGGCGCCCUGUAUGAAAGAGAAAUAUCGUAAUGAAAUUGAUUCCUCCAUGGCACAGUUCGAUGAGCUUUACAACUACAUGUGCGCCAACGACAGUCAGAGAUUCACUGAGUUCGUUGCUGAUGGAGGUUUAAGUUGUGUACACGAGAAUGGUGUUCCUCUAAGUGAAUGUCUGACGACCACAUCGAUGGCCCUCGAUGGCAUCAGCGGUGACAAUAGUAGUGAGGAUAUAAAAUCGGUUUGUGAAGAGCUUCAGGGGCUCCAGAAAUGUAUACACGACAACCUAGUUGGUUGCCCGAAAAAAUCAACCAGUGCAUUUUUUGAUGGAUUUUUAGAAUUGGUUCAAAAGUUUUCCGAAUGUAACGAUGUCGAAUAAUAUAUGGCAGUGUUAUUUCGCUCAAUACUAAGAUCUAUUUAGAAAAUAUUUUCAAUAUGGUUCUCAUAACAAUAAUUAUAAUGAAACAAAAAAGCUAACAAUAAAAUAAUAUAGCCUUUUUUAUUGUUAUAUUACUUCAUCUCCAAAGGGAUAAAAUAG